AUGUUAUAUGUCAAGCGUAUCUCCGCCCGCUGCCUCAGCUGCCGGCCGCCAUGGCCCUCGCCGCUCGGGAAAGCGCGGGCGCGGGCGGCCACCGAGGAACCCUGCGCUGCGCGGGCUGCAGCUGCUCUGCCCGCGGCUGCUGAGCGGCCGUGGGGCCGUCCCGCCGUCCGCGCCGCCGUCCGAGCUGCAGGCGCAGCUCUCGGGAGUGGAGCCGCUGCUGCAGGAGUUCCGCCGGCUGCUGCAGCAGGGGCGGCCGCAGGAGGAGCGGGAGCGGGAGCUGAGCGCGGGCAACUGGCUCCCGGAGGAGGGCUGCCCGGGCCGGGGCGGAGGCGGCUACAGGCCAUCAGCCGCACCAAGGACUCCCCGGCAGCCGGCGCCAGCUUCCUGAGCGCGCCGACAACCGUGCGGGACUGGCGGCCGUGCGCGGCGGCUGCUGCUCCGAGCCGCGCUGCUCGGUGGCGGUGGCGGAGCUGCCCUGCGGUCCGCGCCCCACGCCGCGCUUGGCUGCUGCCUCUUCAACUGAACCGCCCCCGGCCGCCGCGUCUGCAAGUUCGAGCUGCCCCGCGGCUACAGCAGCUGCAGCCUCUGCCGCGUCCUUACCGGCGGCGGGGAGACUGGGGAGUCUCGCCGCUCACGGAAAAGGAUAACCCCCCACUUAGCAAGGCCGGGCAGGAUGCGAUCUUGUCACCACCUACAGACGGAGCGGUUUUGGAUGACGGCGAGAGCACGGAUGACCACGCCAUCGUCCAGUAUGAGUGGACACUGCUGCAGGGUUACCCGUCAGUGGACAUGAAGAGCUGCUCUCUCGCUUUCCUACAAUUUCUCCAUCACAUCUCAGCCCAGGCCUGGACCAUCAUGGUGUGAGAUUCAAAGCCAGAUCACUGGAAACAAGUUUCUUUUGUAUGAUUGUGGGAGCAAGAAAAAAAUCAAAACUGUUGGUCCUCUGGGGAUGAAGCUGAAGAACACAGCAUUUUGGGGGACACAGAGGGAACCUCUGAAAGACCUGGGGGAAGAGCUCAGAAAGAAAGUACUGGACAUCAAAGCAGAGAUUUUGAUGAAGAGUGAUUCUCUCACCAUGCAGGGCAGCCUGAUGUCCCCGGCAGGGCCGAUGGACACACCAGAGGAUCCUGGUGGUUUGCCUUCAAUGGGCAGUUAAUCCACCUCUUUGACCUGGAGGACAGAAAGUGGACAGUGGCUCCUCCUGGAGGCCAACAGUUCAAGGGCACGUUGGACAAUGACGGAGAGCUGACCAAGCCAUUUGUGCAGACGUCAAACGGAGACUGUUAGAGCUGGCUCCAGCAAGUAUGGGAGCACUGCGAUGAAACGCAUGAGACCAGAGUGCCACCAGCCACAUGACAAGAUACAGCCCCAGGCAAGGCCACGGCCAUCGGACCCUGCACCUGGAUCUUUCCCCUGCUGCUCAGCUGUGCAGUCAUAAUGGGCAUCCUUGUCGGAGACCAUUAGAUCCACAGGUAGUGAGAGCAGAUUGAGAGGGAAGGGAGUGGCAGAUGGCCUGGUGUGAGCACAGGGCACUGUGGAUUCCCAGGCUCACCCCUGCCCACUGCCUGAAGCUUCACAGAGGGCAGUGGGACUAGAUGAAUGAGAUCUCAUAUCACGUGUUGAGAACAGCUGGGACAAGCUCAACCCUGAGCUCUGAUAUGGCCUCAGUCACUGAUAAACCCACUGGGAAAAGGGAGGGGCCCAGACCACUGCUUAAGGCCUGUUGGUGCUAAAGGGAUUGGGGGAAGUCAGGCCUGGCCCUGACCGGGUUCUCUAUUGGAGAAAGUCAAUUUGGGUCCAGGGUGGGUGGUGUGGGGACAGCAGGGACACACAGCAUGGGCCGUACUCCUCUUUGAGACAGAGCAGCAUGGCAGCUCCAUGGGACAGCUCAAGGAGAAGGGGACUCCAUACAGGCAGUUACAAGGACAGGGGGCCAGGGUCUCAUCCCAGGAAGAGGGAGGGGAAAGCCUCUGCAAACCAACUCAAAGGGCUGGACAGUAGUGCCGUGUUCCCCCAGUCAUGGCUUGGGUCUUCGCAUGUGAGGCAGCAUGUGGGCAGUAGAGACCGUGCAUGAUGGGACUAGAAGGAGACCAGUUCUCCGUGCAACAGUGGGGACCCUGGCUGAGGCUGGUGCCGUCCCUGGCAGCCAGCUUCCUGCACACCUCAGAUCCUGAGCCCCUGAGCAGCCCCUGCUUUGAGCAGAGCCGACCUGGGGGAUGGGCUAACUGAGCUCCCCGGUGAGCUCCCAGCUGAGCCGGACCAGGAACGGAUGGGAUGGGGGAAGGAUCAUCAGACUAAGAGCUCUGUGUGCUUGUCUGUUUCGUGUGGGUUGAGUUUGAGGAGUUCAUUAUAGAUCCUGAAUAUCAA